UCUUUUGCACAAAGCGUUAGAAAUCAAAUAGGAUUUUCACAUAAAAGAAAUAGAGGGAGAUAGGGCCUUUGGGUAGAUGGCGGCGCCGCUACUGGAGAAAAGGAGAGAGACCGGAGAUGAGGCGGCUGGCGUCAGGUCGCCGGAGCAGAGGAGGAGGCGGCGUCGGCGCUCCUCGCCGAUGGCGUCUGACCGAUAGAGAGAGAGAGAUCGAGGGGAGAAAGGAGGCGCCGGCAGCAGGAACUGUGAUGUAGAGAGGGGGAGGGCGAGAGGUUGAGGGAGAAAGGGGGAGAGAAAUUGAUGGUGGGGUGUUAUGCGUGUAGUGUACUAAGUGAGAGAAGGGAGUGGGCCCUUGAUUUUUUGUUUAAAUUCAUCAAAUUCAUCUCCGAGAUUACGAAACAAUUUUCCUUGGCGCAUCCUAUUCUCGUAGUAAUCGCACUUCCCAAAACCCAAUGCCGAGGAAGUUGACUCUCAUCUAUCUCUCGCUGAUCAUCGCCGUCGGAGCCGCGCGGCUACGCACGACGCCGGAGGACAACCUCCGGAUGCGAGAUGGCGCAGCUUUCAGGAUCGCGCUCUUCGCCGACCUGCACUUCGGCGAGGACGCCUGGACCGAGUGGGGCCCCACGCAGGACUUGAACUCUGUGGGGGUUAUGUCUGCUGUGCUAGACGAUGAGCAUCCAGACUUUGUGAUUUAUCUUGGAGAUGUGAUCACGGCCAACAAUAUAAUGGUAGAAAAUGCGAGCUCGUAUUGGGAUCAAGCUGUGUCGCCAACGAGGGCGAGGGGGAUACCGUGGUCUACCAUAUUUGGGAACCAUGAUGAUGCCCCGUUUGAGUGGCCGUUGGAGUGGUUUUCAGAGACCGGGAUUCCUCAGAUCUGUUGCCCGGCUGCAAAUGCCUCGUUUGCUGAAUGCAGUUUCAGAGGCACGACGCGUCUGGAGCUGAUGAAAAGUGAGAUGGAGCGCAACACAUUAUCCUUGUCCAACGGCGGGCCAAGAGACCUAUGGCCCAGUGUCUCGAACUAUGUCCUCAAACUGUCAUCCGCAAGCAAUGCUCAGGAGCCGGUGGCUUUCAUGUACUUCCUCGACUCCGGGGGUGGCUCAUAUCCGGAGAUCAUAUCACACGCACAGGUGAAGUGGUUUGAGGAGAAAUCUCAAGAGAUCAACCCUCAUUCAAGGGUUCCGGAGAUCAUAUUUUGGCACGUCCCGAGCAAAGCAUACAAGAAGGUGGCUCCAAAGUUGAGCAGAGGCGCGCAGUGCGUGGGGUCGAUUUUCGGGGAGCGUGUUGCUGCCCAAGAAGCAGAGAUGGGGAUGAUGAGGGUUCUUGAGAAGAGGGCCUCUGUUAAGGUAGUGUUUGUAGGGCACAACCAUGGACUGGACUGGUGCUGCCCAUAUAAGAAGAUGUGGCUGUGCUUCGCCCGGCACACGGGCUACGGGGGGUACGGCAGCUGGCCGAGGGGCGCUAGGGUUCUUGAGAUAACUCACCAUCCAUUCUCUCUCAAGUCAUGGAUCAGAAUGGAAGAUGGGAGCACUCACAGUGAGCUCAUUCUCACCUCUUGAUUGCUUAUUACUAUUAAAACCGAUGCGAGUAGCUAAAUGGGGCUUGGAUCCUUCAAGAAUUGUUGGGCCCAAAUGAUCUUAGUGGAGUAGGCCCACAAAAUAAUAUGGGCUCCAACCUGCCCGUUUCAUAAUUUUAGAAUUGUGAGGCCCAAUUUGUAACUGUGAUUCAAGACUUUGCGAUCAAUCUACUUCUCAUACCAAUUUAAAGCAUAA